ACCAUGCGUCCACCUGGUCAACAGAGGUCAUAGGCUCGUGUCUUUCUCUGUCCAGCAACACGCCAGAGCAGGCAGGGAGGAGUAAACACCAAGGUCUAAUAAAUGAAAAACCGAAAACAGAAGAAGAACCCGUACCUGGUAUCCGGCGGAGGCCAUCCGAUGAGACAACCCAAUGGGUUGAAUGCCGACUUUGGGCCGUCGCCAGCUCAAGCACAUCAGCAGCAGAACACACAUACACGCAUACGCGAGGGCAUUGCUUGAUCGCGUCGUCUGAACUUGGCUCUUCCUGAUCCCCUGGCUAUAUCAAGAAAAAAACCGAAUACCAAGCAAGCAUGGCUGAUGAUUAUUCUGAUUGACCGAUGCCGCGCAUGUUCCGAUCCGCAAAUAGUUGUACCGUUUCUUCCCAUAACGUCACAGCCGUCGAUUUUGGGCCACUGGUGUCCCAGUCGAAAGGGGGGUGCCCAGAAGCCCUCCCGAACAUUGAACCUUACCCACCGUAACCCACGUCGCGACCCGAUCCAAUCCAAGCCAAUCUGCCCAGUCCAGUCCCAGUCCACUCCAAUCCAAAUCCAAUCCACAAACGAUCCUCGACUACCACCACGAGCCCACCUGCACCUUGGCCGACCAAGGUGGCUGCACCGCGAGCGAACACAGGCACCGAGGCCCUUGACACAUCUGCUAUCUCAGCCCAGAGCUGGCGGCCGUCGAGGCCAACUCAACUGCCCCCCCGGGCAGAGCACGAGUAAGAUUCUAGCAACCCACCCACCCCCCACGGCCCCUGACGUGCGCCAUCCGCACCACGAGCCCGAGCCCGAAGCCGACCAGCACGCAGAGUCAUGGCCGACUACCAUCAAGACAGGAUGCCUCCGCCGAGGAGGCCACAGGACUACGGCCAGCAUCCCCCUCAGCGAGAUGCCGCCUACGCCAACAUCUUCGGCGCCUCCCCAGGCCCCGGCCGCUCGCACACCAUGACCUCCUCGUCGCAGCCCCCUCCCAUGAUGCACUCAGACCGCACCCAGACUAUGUCCUCCAUGUCCUCGAUGCAACGGCAGCCGCCUCCGAGGGCACCCCCCGGCGGUGGGUACGACCGCACCCGGACCAUGGACUCGAGCACGGCGAACGGGUACUACCCAGGUCAAAGAAUAAUGGCCCCUGGUCCGCAGGUGCCGUCUCAACAAUACUUGCAGCAGCAGCGGCAGCCUCAGGGACCGCCCGGCCGCUAUCCCCCCGGUCCCAUCCCCCCAAGAUUCGAUCAGAGGGGACCUCCGGCAGGCGCAUACGGUGCCCGGACACCCGCACAGAGAUUCUAUCAGAACGGUGCAGGCCCGGCCCCAGCAUUGAACUCCGACUCGUAUCGAUCCCAAUCACUCGCCGGCCCUCCGAGGCAGCCGAUGUAUCAGCCCCAGCAGAGCUCGGUGCAAGGUGGCCCAUCGCAGCAGGCCCCCGCCAAUGCCUUUCGACACGCACCCUACAGUGCAAGCUCUUCUCGAACAACCGCGCAGGGGCGUGUGGUGCCAGAGCGUCACGACGAGAGGGCCAUGUCGAUGACUGGUGGUUAUCCUGGACACGAACGUGAUGCGCAUCAGACCAUGAGUGGGAGGGUGAUACCGAACAGGAGGGCGCCUUCGGUGGAAGUCUCACAGGAUGGGCAGAACGGGUACAACGGGUACACGCCUGCUCCCGGGGCGCAGACGAGGUCUAGUGUGCAAUCGUCCAACAGCGGUGACAGUGGUAGGACCAUGUCCAUGGCUUCUACGAUUGCGCCCUCUAUAUCCGAGAGGUCAGACACCACAUUGGCACACCGCCCGUCAAUGAGCUACUCUACGACGGACGGCGUGGAACGGCCGCCCACGGCGAAGAUACGGCCGCCGCUCGUCUACCCUGCGCUCCUGUCUCGCGUUGGGGAGUGUUUCCGGGAAAAGAUUAUAACUGGCGACCGCACCAAGAACGAACUGACCUACAAGAACGCAUUCAGCGGCUCGGAGGCAGUUGACGUCCUUUCGUACAUCAUCAGGACCACGGACCGAAACCUCGCGCUGUUGCUGGGCAGAGCAUUGGACGCACAGAAGUUCUUUCACGAUGUUACGUACGAGCACAGGCUCAGAGACUCGGCCUCUGAGAUGUACCAAUUCCGGGACAUAAUGAUGGAAGAAGGGAGCGACAAGCCUCCAGUGAACGGUGUCUUCGUUCUCUUGUCUGAGUGCUACUCCCCGACUUGCACGCGAGACCAGCUGUGUUACUCGAUUGCUUGUCCCCGGCGUCUCGAGCAGGUCUCACGUCUGAACCUGAAAAUUGGUGCUGGGCUCAAGAAAGAGGAAGCCCCUCCAAACGAUGACGACGACGUGGACCAGACGGAUGAACAGAAGCUUUGGAUCAACACGGUACCGAAGGAGGUGGCUGACGGCGUCAGCGAUAGGGAAAAGAAGAGACAAGAGGUCAUAUCUGAGAUUUGCUACACGGAACGAGACUUCUGCAAAGAUUUGGAGUACCUGCGGGACUUUUGGAUCAACCCCCUCCGAUCGAAGGCCUCGCCCAUUCCUCCCCAGCGCAGAGAAAAGGUGGUGCGGAACAUUUUCAGCAACAUUAUCGACCAUCCCAGCAUCCAUGCGGUAAGCUCCAAGCUUGCCAAGGGCCUCACAGAUCGGCAGUCGAACGGCCAUGUCGUACGGAAUAUCGGAGAUAUAUUUAUCGAAUGUGUUCCGCUUUUCGAACCGUUCAUAUUAUACGGCUCCAAGCAAUUGGAGGCCAAAUAUGAGUUCGAGAAUGAGCGGUCUAUCAACCCGCAAUUCAGCCGAUUUGUGGAUGAGAUCGAGAGACGGAAGGAGUCGAGGAAGCUCGAGUUGAAUGGCUACUUGACUAAGCCAACGACAAGAUUGGCGCGUUAUCCCCUUCUGCUGGAGAACAUCCUCAAAUACACAGAAGAUGGGAAUCCGGACAAGGAGGAUAUACCCAAGGUGCUCGUUAUGGUGCGUGACCUGCUCACACGGGUCAACGCCGAGUCCGGAAAGGCAGAGAACCGUUUCAACCUGCGGCGUUUGCACGAUCAGCUCAAGUUCCGGCCGAACGAGAAGGUAGACCUGAAGCUGACGGAUGAGGGCCGCGAACUUGUGUUUAAGAGCAAUUUCAAGAAGUCGCCAACAGAAAACACGGAUAUCACAGCGUUCCUCUUCGAUCACGCUGUUCUGCUGGUCAGGAUAAAGCAAGUUGGCAAGACAGAAGAGAUCAAGGCCUACCGCCGGCCGAUCCCUCUGGAAUUGCUGUCAAUUAAGGAGAUGGAGGAAGUCAUACCUUCAGCAGGUGCCCCCCGAAGAUCCACCUCCGGCUUGCUGCCAAAUAUAAGAAACGAAGUCGGCAAGAAGGGGGAGGGCUGGCCCAUCACGUUCAAGCACAUGGGCAAAAUGGGGUACGAACUGCCCCUCUACGCAUCCACGCAGACGGGUCGACAGAAGUGGCUCGAGUUCAUCGAUGCUGCGCAGCAAAAGUUGAGGGCCCGUGUUGACUUCCUCAACACCACGGUGAUUUCACAAGGGUUCUUCACAGGCGUAAAUAAGGUCAACUGUGUUGCACCCUUUGACGGCGGUAGGAAGUUGAUAUAUGGCACCGAUGCUGGUAUCUAUGUGUCGGAUCGCAAGUCAGGUGGCCAGCCGCGCAAGAUUCUGGAGGCGACCAACGUCACCCAGAUCGAUGCGUUGGAGGAAUACCAGCUUCUCCUGGUGCUCUCAAACAAGUCGCUCAUCUCGUACAACUUGGCAGCGCUCGACCCUAACGAGUCCGCGCUUUCCAAGAAGCCUAAGAAGAUCCAGAGCCACUGCAGUUACUUCAAGGCAGGCAUCUCCAUGGGCAGGCAUCUGGUCUGCUGUGUUAAGCCCACCACACUUUCCACCACCAUCAAAGUGUACGAGCCCAAUGAUGCCAUGUCCAAGAGCAAGAAGCAGAAGGGUUUCAGCAAGAUGUUCAACGCUGGCCAAGACGAGCUCAAGCCGUUCAAGGAGUUCUACAUCCCAACCGAAUCCACGUCUGUGCACUUCUUGAAGUCGAAGCUGUGCGUGGCUUGUGCCCGCGGUUUUGAAGUCGUGUCUCUGGAAACGCUCGAGACACAGUCUUUGCUCGACCAGGCCGACACGUCGCUGGACUUUGUCGCUCGAAAGGAAGCCGUGAAGCCGAUCCACAUCGAGCGUCUCAAUGGCGAAUUCUUGUUGAACUAUUCCGAAUUCUCGUUCUUCGUCAACAGAAACGGUUGGCGCGCCAGACCGGAGUGGAGAAUCGACUGGGAAGGAACGCCACAUAGCUUCGCGCUCUCUUACCCCUGGAUCUUGGCCUUCGAGCCGAACUUCAUCGAGCUCAGGAAUAUUGAGUCUGGUGCGGUACAUAUCGUCCCGCAUAAGAACAUUCGCAUGCUACACAGCAGCACGCAUGAGAUAUUGUUUGCAUAUGAAGAUGAGAAAGGCGAGGACGUCGUCGAGGCCAUGGAUUUCUGGAAAAGCCAGCGAAAGAGUACCAUGCCCCCUGACGGCGGGAUGAACUCGCCGAUCGGACAGUACGCCAGAAUCACGCAAUAGUGGCUGGCUUGUCUCACUGAAGCUACGAGUUCCAUGCGGAGUGCCUCGCAAAUUCCCUUUAUUUGAGAAGGCCCAAUGCUUCCGCCUGGCCGAGGACAGUCUGGCGGUCACGCUGGUCAAGGCUGCGGACUGAGCUGUGUGCCAGCGAUGCUACGUGUUGGAUGUGUGGGAUGACUCGGCGAUCGACCUUCGCUCGGCCGGUCUGUUGAGCCGCAAUACGUGUGCAUACGAACCACGUCCAAUCUUCGAACGCGAGUCACGUCUGUCAAGCGCCCACUGUGUCACUCUUCCGCGCAAGCAUUGUGAUAUCAUUGGUGGGGGACACCCUGGAUCAGCCGGAGUUUUCUUUUCAGCUAGCAAUACACGCCAUAUCUUUGAUUCAACAAGACGACAUAUCUAAUCUCAAGACCGGCCGGGCCACGGGUGGCUGGGGCUUAGACGGGUGCGCAGGCUAUGGUCAACUGGGCUGGGGGGUUGAACAGGAGGCAGUUAACCACCAAACUUCGUCAACUCAAGGCCCCGGGAUCCGAAGCGAGGAUCCGUGCCCAGGAGCCGCGGAUGGUGGUAGUCGGGGAGGAUGGCAUCCAAGAGCAACCAUGAAGCUCGUGGUGCCGUUGUAUUUUUUUUUCUGGCUACAGUAGUGGGAGAUCUACCACUCGAGUGUCUUGUUUAGAGUGUGGGGAUUACUUUCGGCGACACCUGUUUCUUCUCGUUUUUCCUCCCCGAACUUCUUGUCUCAUUUGCAGCGGCAGCAUCACAAGGACACACUUUAAUAAGCAUUGUAUGCGAGAUGGAUUAUUUCUUUCAAAUUGAAAUGAUACCACCUGUAGCCACAGACCACCCUCAACCACUCUUGUCACAACCGAAACACCAUGAUGUCGAAUGCUGACAUGGUUCGGAAACCCCGACCAAGUCACACACAUAGCACCGAAUACACGGCCAGAGGUUGUGGGUGCAUCCAUUUUCCUCUAGCUCACUCAUAGGCUGGUAUGUCCCGCCGGAGAAGUGACCUGUCAACCAGAUCAUCUCGCUGGAUCGAG